AGCCCCUCCGCUCAGUGAGUCUCAUUGGGCUCUGGCCCUUCUUUUGUGUAGACUGCACCACAAAGUUCGGAGAGAAAGCAAAGGGUUAAUUAUGAAGAACACACUGUACUUCCUAUGACGAAGGACUUUUCAGUUAGAAGAUGGAAACGUCCACUCCAGUGCCCAGCAGUCCCACUGAGACCAACAUAUCAGCUCAAAGUGGAGCAAACAUCUCUGCGCCUGUUCUCCAUGGAAGCCUUUUUCAAGGUCCUGUGAAUAUUACCAUUAUACACGGAGGCCAGGAUGUCUGCAGUUCAAGCAGCAGCAAUGUUCAGGCUGGAGGCUCUCCGUGUGUUCCUGCUCUCGCUGAGGAUUUGCAAACAGUAUACCGGCAAUAUAAAGAAAAACUUGGGAACAAAUCUAAAAGAAUUAAUGAAGGAAUCUCCCAGCAUGGAACAUCAGCUCUUCUGAAUGAGAUCUACACAGAGCUCUACAUCACAGAGGGAGGGAGUGGAGAGGUCAAUGAAGAACAUGAGGUCAGACAGAUUGAGGCAGCAUCCAGGAGACCAGCAACAGAGGAGAAACCCAUCAAAUGCAGUGACCUCUUUAAAGACAGACCCAUCAGAACUGUGCUGACUAAAGGAGUCGCUGGAAUUGGAAAAACAGUCUCAGUGAAGAAGUUCAUUCUGGACUGGGCUGAAGGAAAAGCAAACCAGGAUGUCCAAUACAUAUUUCCACUUCCAUUUAAAGAACUGAAUUUGAUGAAGGAGAAAAGACUUAGCCUGAUGGUGCUUCUUCAACACUUUUUCCCAGAAACAAAACCAUUAUUAUCAGUAGACUGUAAUGCCCACAAAAUCUUGUUCAUCUUUGAUGGUCUGGACGAGUGUCGACUUCCUCUAGAUUUCCAGAACAAUGAGAGCCUGUGGGAUGUAACAGAUUCAGCCUCAGUGGAUGUGCUGCUGACAAACCUCAUCAAGGGGAACCUGCUUCCCUCGGCUCUCCUCUGGAUAACCUCUCGACCAGCAGCAGCCAAUCAGAUCCCUCCUGAGUGUGUUGACCUGGUAACAGAGGUACGAGGGUUCAGUGAUGCUCAGAAAGAGGAAUACUUCAGGAAGAGAAUCAGUGACCAGAGCCUAGCCAAUAAAAUCAUCUCACACAUGAAGUCCUCAAGAAGCCUCUACAUCAUGUGCCACAUCCCAGUUUUCUGCUGGAUUGCAGCCACUGUUCUAGAGAGAGUUUUGGGUGGAGCAGAGACUGGAGAGAUCCCCAAGACUUUGACUCAGAUGUUCUCCCACUUCCUGAUCUUUCAGAUCAAACACAAGGACCAAAAGUACCAUGGGAAAUGUGACCCUGAUGUUCAGCAGACCAGAGAGAUGAUUCUUUCACUGGGAAAACUGGCUUUCCAACAGCUGGAGAAGGGCAAUCUGAUCUUCUAUGAGGAAGACCUAAGAGACUGUGGUAUUGAUGUCAAAGAAGUGUCAGUGUACUCAGGAGUUUGUACCCAGAUCUUCAGAGAGGAGUUUUGGGUGUACCUGGGGAAGGUGUUCAGCUUUGUCCACCUGAGUGUUCAGGAGUUUCUGGCUGCUUUAUAUGCAUUUCUCUCCUUCAUCAGUGAAGAAAGAACAAAACAGGUGACCACUGAUCUCUCUGAUAGGUCUAAAAUGUCAAACUUCCUCAAGGCUGCAGUGGACAAGGCCUUACAGAGUGAGAAUGGACACCUGGACCUCUUCCUCCGGUUCCUUCUGGGCCUCUCGCUGGAGUCCAAUCAGACUCUCAUACGAGGCCUACUGACCCAGACAGGAAGCAGCUCUCACAGCAAAGAGGAAACAGUCCAGUACAUCAAGGAGAAGAUCAGGGAGAAUCCCUCUCCAGAGAAAUCCAUCAAUCUGUUCCACUGUCUGAAUGAACUGAAUGACCAUUCUCUGGUGAAGGAAGUCCAAACAUACCUGAGUAAGAAAGAUUACAGUUGUCUCCGUGGACUCAGUCUGUCUCCUGCCCAGUGGUCAGCUCUGGUGUUUGUGUUGCUGAACUCAGAGGAAAAGCUGGAUGAGUUUGACUUACGUAAUUAUGACAGAUCUGAGGAAUGUUUUCUAAGGUUACUGCCAGUCAUCAAAGCAUCCAGAAGAGCUGUACUGUGUAACUGUAAUCUCACAGAGGAAAGCUGCAUAGCUCUGUCCUCAGCUCUCAGCUCCAACUCCUGUAUGAGAGAACUAAACCUCACUAACAAUGACCUGCUGCAGGAUUCGGGAGUGAAGAAGCUCUCUACUGGUCUGAAGAGUCCUCAUUGUAAACUGGAGAUACUGAAACUGUGUGACUGUAAUCUCACAAAGAAAAGCUGUGCAGCUCUGUCCUCAGUUCUGAGCUCAAAAUAUUCAAAUCUGAAAGAGCUGAGCCUGAGUUACAAUAAACUGUGGGAUUCAGGAGUAGAGCUUCUCUCUGCUGGACUGAAGGAUCCACGCUGUAAGCUAGAGAUUCUCGGGCUGUCUAACUGCAGUAUUACACACGAAGGCUGUGCUGCUCUUGCUUCAGCUCUAAAAUCCAACCCCUCCUCACGUCUGAGAGAGCUGAACCUGUUCAACAAUAGUCCAGGAGAGUCAGGAAUGAAGCUGCUCUCUGAUCUACGGGACGAUCCACAUUGUACACUGACGACAUUACAUAACAUCUCCAUCAACAAAACUGCUGAUGAUACCACUGAUCACUUGGGGUGAUGAGAUGGCCUAUAGGACAGAGGUGGCAAAUAUGGUGGCAUGGUGCCAGGUCAACAGAUAUGUGUGUGUGUGUGUGUGUGUGUGUGUGUGUGUGUGUGUGUGUGUGUGCGCUCUUUCUUUUUGUCUUUUUCUCAGUAAUUGGUAAAGACCUGUAAGAGGUAGUUUUAAGUAAGAAUUUCAAAUGUAGGAUUUUGAAUGCUGAGUCUUAAGUGUGUAUUAAGGAUGUUUCUGCUGAUGAUGUUCUUCAGUGGAGUCUGAUGUCUGACUGAUUGGUUCAGGUCUGAUUCUCUCCUCUUCUCUGUUUUACAGCAUCUGAACACCAUCCAGCUGAUCUGUUCUCACACACAGAGGGUUAUGUCUGUCAAACUGCUCACGUUGGUGGAUGACCCCACACCAGUGAUGAGUGUGUACAUGAGGAUAAUAAUAAUUAUAAUGAAGAUGCCCUGCUUUUUACAGAAAAAAGAAAGCUGCCUUUUGUAUUUCAGUGAUAUUUAUAUGAAUGUGUAGUUUUUUGAGAAAAAAAAUUAAUCAGUGCUUUUUAUAUUCUUUCAUGUGUGAAUUGCACUUUUUUUCAGCUACAGCACAGCUAAGCUAAAUUCUCAGAAGAAAAAACUGUGAUGAUCAAUGGCGAGCUUUGAUGUUUACUUUUUUAUUUGUGGAAAUAAAGUCAUGAAGAUGAAGGAA